AUGGCUCCACGUCGUCACAAUAUCGGUGCUAGCCGGCGAAAGAGGAGAGAUGAGGAAGGAGAGGAUGAAGGUUCUGUAAAUGGAGAAUUGGAGGAUGAUUCAUUGAGCGACGGGUCUGGCAUCAGCAAUCCUGAUGACGAUGAUGCCGAUGUUGAAGGCAGUGAUGACAGCGAUGACGAUGUAGUUUCUACCUCCCCGCAAGUGGACGCCAACGGCCGCCAUCAGGUCAAUGGUCGUGUGUCCGAAACAAGUCACCAGUCGGCACGACAGCAUCCUCCCUCGUCUGGGAAGCGUCUCUUGGUUACUACCAUGUCGGAUACAGAAGCGAUGAUGAACGGGCUGAGAAUAUCGGACGAAACGAGCGAAGUGACCGAGGUGCACUUCGAUGACUUGAAGGGUGAACCAGGCCAGCAGACCGAGAGAACGCCGUCUGCACCCCCUACAGAACCAAAAAGAGACGCUUUUGCGGAUAGAAAGUGUCGUGAGCAAGAAAAGUACAUAAAGGAAAGGGAUGAAAGCCCAGCGUUUGUGCCUACCCGCGGUAGUUUCUUCCUUCAUGACAAGCGCUCCACAGAAACAGUGACAAACGGCCACAAGCCAUUCAACAAAUCGAAAUCAAGACCGUAUGGCCUUAUUGUGGAUGGUAACGUUCGCAGAACUCCCGUGAGACCAGUUGCCAGCGAAGGACUGUGGACGCAUGAUCUUCACGAUACAGUCGUUGGAGAUGAGCCAUCCGUCUCGAAGCCCUCUACUACAUCAGCACUUACAUCUAUCGUCCCUCCGAAGCCCGUUCCCACGGCCCCUAGAUCAUCGCCGCCGAACAGGUCUUUCUCGAGCACUACAUUGAUCGGAAAUGUGCCCGUUGUAGUAUCUUUGCCGGGAAUGGAGAACCCAAUCCCUUACCCUUCUGUUUCAAAGAAGCAGCACACCCGUUUACCUCAGCAUCGGCCUCCUCUACGUCGAGACAAGCCUGUUCGGAUCUCGCUUCCAGGCCAGCCCCCGAGGUAUAUUCUACCCGCGACAGAGAGAUCUUUCAUAUUUAUCCCGCGAGCUUUACGGCCCAAUCAACAGGCAUUUCGUGGUCGGGGUCGUGGUGGAUUCUACGGAGGACGGCGUCCCAGCUUCUAUGCAAACUCAAACUACACAUCAAGUAUCACCAUGAGUCGAAGAUCGUCAUUCGGAAAGGCACCAUCUCAAGAGGGGUACCACUCGCCGGCGGGCUCGGUUCUCUCGAGGCACACGAUGGUCGCGACAGAGAACGGCAAACCGGUGGUCCGCCUUCCUCCACCUGGCAGACCAUCUGGAAGCCUUGGAACGGUUCCACAUACAACUGCUGGGCCAGGAGCUGUUCCAUCCACCAUACCGCAGCCUCUUCCCCAUCCCCAACCACCAAACUCUGCCUUUCGCGAGAGUCGUCCGGCCCCAAUACCCAUGCAUCAGCCCCGUCCUCAGAAGGCAGUUUCCCUUGCGGAUAUUGAAACGCCAGCCAGAUUUCCCUUCAAUCCUCCACAGCCACAACAGGAACAACCCUUCCAUCAUCAGGUUCCAGUAUCUGCAAAUAGCUCCAGUUAUGGUCCUGAUGCCUCUGGCCACCCCUCUCUUUCCGCUCAUAGAUCUUUAACGCCAAUGUCUCACAUACAGGACCGUGCAUUUCAUGCUCCGUCUCAAAUGCACGCCUACCAGCAGGCAUUCUGGCCUGCUUCUUAUCCUUCUGGUGCUGUCUACUACCCUAGUUCGGGAGCUGAGUUUCCACCAUAUACAUCUGCCGUGGGACCUGGUGCACCCGUGCCGCCCUUGCCUCCUGGACAACAGCCCCCAUAUAUGGUUCCCGUUUCCCAUGGUUCGGCAGAACAACCGUCAUUGCCGGGCACUGUUGCACAUGAAGCUGGUGGCACAGUAUAUUUCUACGAUGCUACACAAAUGCCUAACUCCUCGUACGCAAUGCCUGCUGCGCCUGGGCUUGGUGGAGUUGUGGAUAUGGGUACCCCCCCUGUCCCAUUCUAUUAUUAUCCCUACCCUCAAGGCGGAGUUUAUUACCCUUCGCAGUAA